GACGGAGCGGGAGGGCGGGAGCCCGUCGAGGAGGCGGCGUCCGGCAGCGCGCUCACAGUCUGCGAGGGUCGGACACAGUCGUAACCGCAGGUCGUCACUGCGACCCGCAGGAUCAGACACCAGGAUAGACUCAACAGUUACAGGAGCAGAAGAAUGCAGCGGCUGGAGAAGAGGAAGGAGGAACACGACGGUACAUCGCAAGUCCACGGCCUUCCUAGGAGUACCAGACGAACCCGAAGAAGGAAGUCUCAGGGUCAGAUCCUUCUCUUUCACGAGCAAGGGGACUGGAAUCAUCAACCGUGGCGAUUCGUUCAGGAAGAAGCGGUCCAGAUCGAACUCUUUGGCAGGGGAGGCCUUGGAACCCAUUCCUCCAGCUCCAGCUUCGGUGUACUCCGUGGCCAUGAUCGGGGCUGCUGGAGUCGGAAAGACUGCCCUGCUAUCGCAAUUCCAGACCUCGGAGGCCAUCAACCCCUAUGACAGGGUAAAAGACGAUACCAACGAGGAGUCUGUCUACGUCAUGCUUAACGGCGAAGAGUCUGAGCUCAGAUUUUCAAUAGCAACUGAGAUGGAGAAGGACCCUUCGCCGGCAGACGCAUACCUUAUCCUGUAUUCGGUCAUAGACAAGGCUUCCUUCGACAAGGCGGAGUCGAUGUUGCGGCGGCUCCAGCAUUCGCCCGCUACAAGGUACAAAACGGCCAUCCUCGUCGCCAACAAGGUGGACCUUGCGAGGAGCCGAGCAGUUUCAUCUCAGGAUGGACGAUGCGUGGCCUGUACUUAUAACUGCAAGUUUAUUGAAGUCUCAGUCGGCAUUAAUCAUAAUGUGGAUGAGUUACUGGUAGGUAUACUCACACAAAUCCGCCUAAAGGAAGCUAGUCCAGGACCAACAAGUACAAGUCGCCAUUGGUACCACAGUCAUGGGAUGAUGCGUGCAUCUGUCAAGGCCCGACAAGUCUUUACUUGGAUCUUCGGCAAGGAGGACUCCAAGUUUAAAAACUGUGAAAAUCUGCAUAUCUUGUAAGGGAUACCCUUACAUCUACUUGCCUAUUUGUGACUAGCACUUAUGACCUAUUCCCUAAGUCCAGGGCUGAGGGCAGUUUCCUUAUAUUAUUAACUAUGGUCCCCUUUUGUGGCAUUCCAUUUGAUAGCUGAAUGAAGGGGAAAAACCAGUUGUUAUCAAAUUAGAUGUCUAUUCAAAUAAUGUUUGUGUUGUCUACCAUAUAGAUGACAUUUAUAAUGAGCAAAUGUUAUCAAAAACAUAUCCAUGUUGAAAUUAAAUAUAUAGGAUUUUUAUGAAUUCAUUUUUUAUGAAUUAAAUUAUUUUAAAAAAUCUAAAAUUAGUAGAAAAAAAACAACGUUUUUCAAAAAUUGUUUAUUCUUCACUUACUAUUAAAUUUAUUUGUACAAUCAGCUAACAUUAAAAACAAUAUUUAAAAAAAAAUGAAGGAAAGUCAUUUUGAAUACAAUUUUUCAUGGGGAAUAAUGGUAGGGGAGCCUAGUGGUUGUAGUGCUAGAUCCCCCUAUAUGGAUUGUAUUAAGUUCCAAUUCUGAUUUGGCUUAUGAAAUCAUCUCCUGGUAGAAAAUAAAUAAAUCUUUAGAGAGGGGAAUGUAAUUGAACAGAUCCAUCUGAGUGGACUCACCCCUUACAUGAUUGAUGCAUUAGCCAGGAAAUUGAAGUAUAGUCCUGAUCAUAAGGCCUUCCAAGGUAAUUAAAAAGUUGCACUUCUGGCACCUCUUCAAGUUUCCUGUACCUCUUGUUACAGGACUGUAUGAUUUUACUGAUGUAUUUGAGAUGUAGUAGAUCCUGAACAAUAGGCAUUUAGUAAUAAGUAAACAAAACAUUUGCCAUAGAAUUUGUGAACUAAUUUACAAUAGCAAUACAAUUAUUAAUCUUUACAUCUUGCCAAUGCCACUGUUGAAUUAAACAACGAAAAUAUCUUUGAAUCAUACAUUCCAUUAACCAAUUAUGAAGGAUCAAAUUCAGGGGUAUCUGAUCAACUUUAUUGGAAGAUUCCAUGUCCAAAAACAAAAUUUUGUACAUGAAAAUUUUCAUUAAAAUGCAAAAUAUAAUCUGAUAUCCAUAAUGAUCCUCUCAAAAAUGUUAUUUGAAUAUUUUCCAUUAACUUGAGAUAUAAUCAUUUUAGCUCUUGGAUGAAAGCAAUUAUUAGGUACAAAAUUAAUAUUUCCAUAAAAUGACACUGCAUUAGUUCAAAACAUAGAAAUUAGGCACUGUAAUAUAUUUCGAUAACAAUCCUGCUUCACGAUGAAUUACAGAAACAAAAUAAUACCAUCAUUAUUAUCGUAUUUAUUUUCUCAUUCGCAAAGGUUUCGGCCCGAAGUUCAGGCCUUCAUUAGGGCUAAGAAAAGAGAUACCAAAUACCAAUAGGUAUGAGCAAUUAUAAACAUUGAAUAAUAAAGAAUUAAACUUUAAAAAGAUGAAAGGUAUAGACUAAAAACUGUAGGUAGAAAAACUUAAAGUAAAAUAAAGUAGAUAGAGUGAACAUUAAAGUAAAAUAAAGUAGGUAGAAUAAUAAAAAUAACAGAGAACUAAGAAAUAAAUAAUAAUAACGGCAACAUAUAUCAUUCUACCUACUUUAUUUUACUUUAAAUUUUUCUACCUACAGUUUUCAGUCUAUACCUUUAAUAUUUUUUAAUUUUAAUUCUUUAUUAUUCAAUGUUUCUACUUGCUCAUACCUAUUGUUAUCUGGUUCUUUUCUUAGUCCUGAUGGAGGCCUGAACUUCGGACCGAACCGUCGGCGAAUGUGAAAAUAAAUACAAUUAUUUAUUUUAACUAUUUUAUUUUAUCUGAUCAGCCCAACCAUCCUUCUCUUCAAUUAUUCACUACAGUCAAACGUCAACCCACAAUCGUCAUUAUUAUCAUUAUGCAAUUAAAGCUUGGGGAAAGUAUUACUAUAAAGAUUAAUUAUUUUAGGAAGGGAAUAGCAAUAACUUCUUUCAGCAUUUUCUCCUAACAUAUAAUUCUUCUAUUAAAUAAAAAUUGACCCAAUAUAUGUGAAUCGUUUAAAUAUAUUUUAGGUACCAUUUAAAUUUCAUAGGAUUAAAAUUGAUUUAUUAUCCUUCGUAUAACCUUUUAGAAAUAGAAAUACCAGUAAAAAUUUCAUUUUUUAACAACAUAUAUUUAUGUCAAAUUACGAAACUCAGAUUCAGUUUAAUUUUACAACACUAGGUUUGAAGAUAAUAUGGAGAGGCCUCGGCUCAGCUAAUCUAGGCCCUGUGGAAAUGGAUGAGAGCAGCAGUGACUGAAGUCAUGAUUGUUAUCAGAAACAUGUAUACUAUGGAGUUAAUAACAGAGAAACAUGGAAAAGAUUGAUAUUUUAUUUAAUUUUACAAAACAUCCAAACACUAUUAUCUCAAAUCUGCUAUUUCGAUGUUCCAUCAAUAUUGUAAUUAGCGGGUGAUGUAUGAUAUGUUCUUGUACAAAAGAUUUGGUUUUAUUUGUUCGUUUAGCUUUUUAAAAGCAUAUCUGUACAUAGGGAAAAUUCUGUGUGGAAACUCUUAUUGCAGUGGUGUUGCAUAGGAGAUGGGGAGUGCCUGCCGAAGUAGCAAUUUAUUCGGGACUGCAAUACAAGUAUUUAAACAGACCUAACUUAGUACUAUAUAUAUGAGUCUCCUUUCACAACUAUCUAUAGUUUUUAGCUUGAAAGAGUUUUAAAUUUUGGACACAAAAAUUUGAUUGCAGCUUAGUUCUUUCCAUACUUUGGUCAUUUUUAUAAUAAUAUUACUAUAAACAUUAUAACAAUAAUAAAUGCUAAUAACACAGCAGAGGUGAAGGGGGGGUUACAUAAUUUCCCUAUCUGUAGAAACCUAUGCUAAGCUAUUGCCUUAUUUAAACUAUCAGUAGAGGUGAAAAUUGAACACAUUCCUCUGAAACAGUGGGAAGCAUGGCUGUUCAUUCAUAAAUUUACCAUUCAGAUCUCUCAAAUAUGGUCUAUAAUUUAUGAAACACUUUUACAUUUGUUUUAUUAUAGCUUAAUAUGUAUUAAUUAAAUUAAUCAGUAAAAUUUAUGAAUUUAGAGGAUUCAAGGGUACUUUAGUGUGUAAUUCAGAGUGUUAUAGGUUUAAUCCAUAAUGAGGCAGCUUACGUUUAAUUCCACUUUUAGUUUUGUUAUAUCUACUCAAGAUGCAUUUGGAAAUUUCUACAUUAUAUCUGGAUAGUUACAAAAAUUACAUGAGAAAUUGAAGAGCUUGUUUGAGGAUAAAUGCAAUGAAACUGAAUUUCGGUAUUAAUUUUCAAUUGGGAGCUGGACUUACUGACUUAUUGCAAAAGAUCGAAUCACUAUCUUGUUAGAAACAGUAAACGAGCUGGUGAGAAUAACACCCAAAAUAAAAAAAAUCAAUAAAUUAACUUCAAUUUAAAAAAAACAGUGUUUUAUAAUUAAUUACUUACUUACUGAUGGGCUCUACCGUCCGAGGUGGACCUUGGCCUCAUUCACGAUCUUUUUUCCAAUCCUCUCUAUCCUUCAUUCUUCUCCUCCAAUUCACCACUCCCAUCCUCUUUAAAUUCUCUUCCACAUCACUUUUCUAACAUUUCCUCGGUCGUCCUCUUUUCUUUUUUUUGGGAAAUUCCUUCCUAAGUAUAUUUUUCGUUUCUAUGUCAUCAGACAGUCUUUCCACAUGUCCUAGCCAGCUAAUUCUUCUAGCCUUAAUAAAGCGUACAGUAUGUUUUUCCUUCAAUAGUUCAUCCAGCUCCUGAUUUUUCCUUAUCCUCCAUUCCCCUUGUACGCACAGGGGACCAAAAAUUUGUCUCAUAAUUUUUCUUGCUAAAAUCCUUAGUGCCUUCUUGUCAGCUACUUUCAGUGUCCAGGCUUCACCUCUAUAGCACACAAUUGCACAACUGGUCAGACAAGGAUUUGUACACUUUAAGUUUUGUGACCCUAGAUAGGACUGUCAAUUUAAAAAAAUUUAACAUACCAAAGUACGCUCUUUUGCCUGCCAUCAUUCUUCCUCUUAUUUUCAGGCUAAUCAUGUUUUUGCUAUUGACUUGCACCCCAAGAUACGUGAAAUCCUCCACUGCAUCACAAAUGUAUUCCUGGAAAAUAAAACCUUCUGGCUUUCUCCUUAAAUCUGAGGCCAAGACUUCCAUAUACUUUGUUUUUGUGUUGUUAACUAUCAGUCCAAUCCUCUUACAUUCUACAACAAAUGCCGAUAGAACCUCAACUAUUGCCGCCUCGCUUCUACCUAGAAUUGCAAUGUUGUCAGCAUAUCCCAAUAUGUGUCUUAUUCAGCAUGCUAAAUUACCACCUGGAGAGAUCCCUUUAACUGCAAUAUGUAGCGCCAAGUUAAAUAGAAUUGCUGAGAGUGCGUCUCCCAGCCUUACUCUAGAGUUAAAUUGGAAGAUUGCCAGUUAGUACUUUAGCUUUCAAUUAGAUGGAUUAGUUUAAACGGGAUGUUAUAUUCACACAAUGUACUAAAUAGUUGAGUUCUUUUAAUUAAGUCAAAGGCUUCUUUAAAAUCUAUAAACAGUGAAUGUACAUCAAUAUUGUGCUCAUAACACUUUUAGAUAAAAUAAAAAUCUGAUCGAUAGUAAUUCCGUUAGGCCGAAAACCAAACUGGUAAUCCAUUAUGAUUCUUUCUGAAUAAAUUUUUAGUCUUUGCCCCAGAAGGUUUGAUACAAUUUUAUAUCUUCUUCUUUAUCAUCUUUCUUUGUGCCUCUCAGCUUGGAAGUGCCCCAAUCCAAGACUGCCAAGCCUCCCGAUUACGAGCCAAGGCCUUUAUAGAAUUCAUAGACUUUCCCUUCUUUUCACCAAUCAUGGAUAUGUGGUCCAUCAUAGCAAUCUAGGCCUUCCUCGAUGACAGCGUCCGUUAGGCCUGAUCUCAAAAAACUUCUUUGGAUCCGGGUCCUUAUCCAUUCUGCAUAGAUGACCAAACCAGCCCAACUGCUUUUUUUCGACUGUUUCCCUCAAAGCUGGCACUCCCAGGUCUUCUCUUAUCCUUUCACUCCUAACUCUGUCCCUCCUUGUUUUGCCUUCCAUUCAUUUCUGCAGCAGUAGCUCUACUCCUGUGACUGUCCUACGGGACCCAGCUCUCACUUUCAUAAAUAAGGGUAGGUAAGUAUAGGGACUUAAAUAUACAUAAUUUUACACUUUUUUCCUAUUCUCUUUUCCCCAACACUGUGCUGCAUAGCUGGUAGUAUAUGCUGUUAGCUUUCUUAAUCCUGUUUGAGAGCUCUUGGUCCAUUUUCCCGUUUCUGCUGAAUACUACUCCAAGAUAAGUGUAUUCCUGCACUGUCUCCAAGGUUUCUCCUCUGCAGCAAACCAAAACUUCCUCCUCUUCACGACCAAUGUGCAUCGCCUUACUCUUUCCAACAUUUAAUAUCAUGCCCUUUCUAGCUCAACUUCCCACUCAGUAACUGCCUUCUGUAGAUUUUCUUUGGAAUCAGUAAUAUCAUCUGCGAAAACCAUUACUUGAGCAAGGACUGUUCCUCAUGUUCCACCUUCCCACGACCUCCGCUUGCAUAUUCUCAAUAUUUCAUCCAUAAAUAUUAUGAAAAGGAGAGGACUAAGGCUGUCACCCUGUCUAACAUCCCUUCUCAUGGUAAAGCUCUCAGACAUUCUUCCGUUAAUUCUAACUACUGCUUUGGAGUCAUGGUAGGUAGAAUUUAUGGCAUUUAUUAAUUCUGUGGUUAUCGUUUUGGUAGCUAAAGCUGUUCAUAUUUCCUCUCUGAGCACGGAAUCGAAUGCUGCCUUUAUGUCCAGGAAUGCCAAGUAUAAACUCUUUCCUCUAUCCCAUGACUUCUCAAUAAUUGUCCUUAGUAAGACGAUGUGGUUCUGUGUUGGGGUCUAAAAGCUGCUUGCUCCUCUUCUACUUUACAUUCAACAUUUAAAAUUAAAAUAUUAAAAUAAAAAUGUAUAUACGAUAUUAUAAUAUAUUUAAAAGAAUUAUUCCUUGGUAGUUUUCACAUAGCAUUUUAUCACUUUUUUUGAAUAUUGGGAAAAUUAAACCUGAGCACCAUUCCUUAGGUAUUUCCUCAUCAAGCCAUACCCUCAGCUUCAGAUUAUACAAUCUCUAUUGGAAAAAAUCUCCACUAUACUUCAUAAUUUCUGCCGAUAUAGUGUUCUCUCCAGAAAGUCUGUUAUUCAUUAAUACUUUUAAUGCGUCCACAAUGGAAGGCGGCUCAAUAUCAGGAUCGACUUUCAUAUCUGGUCGCAGACAUCAUUGAUAUUCUCAUUGUCAUUUUCAUUCUUGCUGUCAUUUAGUAUUUCUCUAAAAUACUCUAACCAUCUAUUCAUCACUUGCGAACCCUCUUCCAACAGUACGCCAUCCUUACUACGACAAACAUUAAUUUAGGGCUUAAAACCGUUUCUCAUUUUUCUGACUGCUUGAUAAAAUUGUAUUAUUAGUUAAUCAUUUUUAAUGUACAACUAAAAAAUUGAUGUUAAUUAUGAAAUUAAAUGGUUAAUUUAUAACAACUGCCCGAGGCCCCAGGCAACACUGCUUAGCUCGGUUUUUAACCUUCAUCAAUGUAACCUUCUGGUCAGUUAUCGUUUUGUUUAUUAUUGUUAAAGACUGUAUGUCAUACUUCUGGCUAGUUUUAAGUUGUUUUUUUUAUAUGUAGGGAUAAUAAAAGUCUCAAGUAAAAUGACUGUAGAUGAUGAUAAGAUCCGCUUUCAAGUUGAACUGGAGUUUGUGCAAUGCCUUGCGAAUCCGAAUUAUUUAAAUUUUUUGGCACAACGAGGAUAUUUUAAGGACCAAGCUUUUGUUAACUACCUCAAAUAUUUGGAGUACUGGCGAGAGCCAGAGUAUGCCAAGCAUUUAAAAUAUCCAUAUUGUCUCUUCUUCCUUGAUCUCUUACAGACAGAAUACUUUCGAAAAGAGCUAGCCAAUGCACAAUGUUCUAAAUUUAUUGAUGAUCAGGAGGUGCUAUUUUGGCAACAUUAUACUCGCAAGCGCAAGCGUCUCCUUGAACAGGCAUCAUCCACUGUUAACUUAAGUUAACUUACAGGGUAUAGAUUUUCAUAGCCUUCUAUUUUAUAUGACCCUUGUGUUAUAUCUCCAUUGUUAACUUGUAAGACUUAUACUUUAAAAGUUUUUCAUAAAUCUUUGCUGUUAAUUUUAAUUACUUUUUUUUUUUUAUGUAAUACUUUGAUGUUGAAUAUUUAAUAUUAUAUGAGUUAAAAUAUUUUUCUUUUUAAUUAAAGGAAAUAGUGAAAUAUUUAUUUUUAGUUAUUAAUUUAGGUUCUAUUAUGUCUUCCAUAUCACAAAUUCUAGAUGGAAGCUUGGACCAUUAUUUAUUUCUUAACAUUGUAUUAUCUCAUCUUGGCGCUGCUAAUUUUAAUAAAAAAUAUGUUGCUUCGUGUCUGUAUUGUGCCAAAUGUAUACCUCUUUUAUUUUUGUCUGCUGAUAAUAAUCUCUAUAUGUUACUUUAAGAGUCAGUACAUCUUUGUUGAUAAUCAUUAACCAAAAUUUUUUAUCAAUCCUUAAAUAAUCAAUUUCCAAUACUAGAUUUUGCUUAUCUUGAGUUUUUCUUUCAUCAGUAUAGUAUAUUUCUCUAUUUUUACAUGAAUUUUUCAAUCCCUUUAUUUUUUUGCAUCUAAGAGUGAAUUGUCGACCAGUGAAGUUAUGUUUUUCCAUGAAUCAACUCAACAUUUUUGUUUUCUUUUAUGUAAGAUAAUAUAUAAUAAAAGUGUAUUUUGUAAAGAGAAUAUAUAGCAGUAAGCUAAGGAUAUAUUUUUAAAAUAAAAAUAUUCUAGUUGAGAAAAAAAUACAUUGUUGUUUUGCUUUCUUUAACAGAUUUACUAAGUUAAAUAUUAUUUUUCAAAUCCUUACAAAUAAGUGCCUGUCAUCAACAAAAGUAAGAAUCUGUAUGAAUUAAACAUCAUUUGUGACAGAAAUUUCAAUUUAUAUGUUUCAUAACUCAAUUAUAUUUUUGUUAAAAAAAAAAAUUAUUCUUCUUGGUUACCCUGGUUAUAAAACCAGUCCUCAAUCAAAUAUGUAUAACUGGACCUAAUUAGUUUAAUGGAACAAAAUAUUUAUUAAAGUUCUGAUUAGGUAAUUUAGAUUUUUUACAAAUAAAGUAAUGUUAUAUUCACUGAUUAUGAUAUUUGUCUGGUAUGACCUACUAAUAAUGUUUUUUAAAUAAUAUUCUUUGCCAUUUUAGGAAGAUAAAGAUUUCCUUGGGGCAAGAUUUGCUCUAUAUUAAAUAUUCAAUAAGUUAGCUAAUCAAUUUUAUUUAAUCUGUGUUCAAUCAGUAGUCAUUUUCUGUCUAUGUUAGUAGUUCAACCAUUCAUUUAACUCUAAAUCUAUAUUCAAUUGUAUAUAAUUAUAUAAGUUAUGAGACUUAAGUAUAUGGUUAGAUAUAUUACUUGGUGGUCUGACAAUAUACAUUUAUGAUGUUCCAUAAAAAUCAUGAGAGGUAACAACUAAGAAAGAUAACAGAUGUAUUGAAAUUUAUAUUAUAAAUAGAAAAUAAAUAUUACAUGGAUGUAAAUUUUAUUAUACGGUUCUAUUUUUAAUGUAAUUAUUAUUAUAGAAAUAAAUUAUAUCUUGUUUCAAUCUCCAACUGUUUUAAUUCCUUUUUCUGUCAGCUUCUUGCUUAUUCUAUCAUCAAUAAUAGCCUGCUUAGCAGCCUCCCUCUGUCUAUACAAGUUCAUUGCAAGAUCCAUUUCAGAAGUCAAUUGAAUAAUUCUAGCCUAAAAAAA